GUACCCGGAAGUGUUCCUCCACGUUUAGAGACGUCCCCGGUGCUCCGACAUUAUUCAACCGUUUAAAACAGGUUUAGUUAGUUAUUAUCACUUUCUGGUCUCAUUGUAGCUUCUGUUGACAGUUCACUUUCCCGUUUAAGUAGACAGAGAGAAGGUGUUACCAAGUUUUAAAGCUGUCUUUGUGUAAACGGCGAGGUUUAACUCUGUGAAGGCUACUUCUGGACCAAACAGCAGCCCUGUAGUGACUUCUGAAAUAUCCUGUGAGUGUAACCUUUGACCAAGACUGAUAAGAGACUGAUCGUGGAUCUGGUUUAUUCCUCCUGUACAGAUGCUCCAUAGUGCAGAGGACUAACCUUGAUGCCCACAAUGAAUCCACAAACCCUGUCACUGAGAGCGCUGCUGUUCCUGGGGCUUUGGCACUCUGGCAGAAGAAGUCUAGCCUCAGCUCCAGAGCUGCAGGAUCAGCCCAAAAAGAUAGCGGUGGUCGGAGCAGGCAUCGGUGGCACAGCUGCAGCGUAUUACCUGAGGCAGGAGUUUGGAGCCGGGGUGAAGAUUGAUGUGUUUGAACCCGGCACUGUUGGCGGGCGACUAGCGACAGUCAAGAUCGGAGAUUAUGAGUAUGAGGCGGGAGGGGCUGUGAUUCACCCUCUGAACCUUCACAUGAAGCACUUCAUUGAAAAAUUAGGUAUUCCUCCAAGGAAAGAUGUCCCCUCUAAAAUGGCAAUAUUUGAUGGAAAGGAGCUCACGUAUGAGGAGAGUGACUGGUUUAUAGUAAAUUUCUUGCGAAUGCUGUGGCAAUACGGGUUUAACUUUAUCCGAAUGCAGAUGUGGGUGGAGAGUAUUUUGGACAAAUUUAUGAGGAUCUAUCAGUAUCAGCAGUAUGGCUACUCGUUCACCAGCAUGGAGAAGCUCCUGCACGCCAUGGGCGGCGAUCGUUUUCUUACCAUGGUGAAUCAGACCCUGGAGGAAACAAUGAUUGGCGAGGGAUUUUCACAGGUCUUUCUAAACGAUAUCGUUGCACCCGUCAUACGCGUCAACUAUGGCCAAAGUGUCCGCAUCAAUGGCUUUGUGGGGGCGGUUUCAUUAGCAGGAGCAGAUCCGGGCCUGUGGGCAGUGGACGGAGGCAAUAAGAGAGUAUGUUCAGGGCUGCUGUACAACAGCAAAAGUGAGCUCAUCCCUGCCAGAGUGACCUCCAUCUCAGUCAAAGUUCGACCAUCCAAGACAGGCGCCACAACCAGUUUCUAUGAGGUCAAUUACGUUGGAGAGUCAGGCUCAGCACACUCUCUGUAUGACAUCGUGGUAAUAGCGACAGCGCUUCAUCAGGGAAUGUCCGACAUCACCUUCUCGGGCUUCUCCCCUCCAAUCCCGUCUCACUACCCGGGGCGUUUCCACCAGACUGUCUCCACCCUGGUCCACGCCAUGCUGAACAUGUCCUACCUCGGGACCACAGAGCCAGCCUCGGAGUUCACCGUGUCCGACGUCCUCACCACAGACUCAAAGGGCUGUAACAUCAACAGCCUGAGCUCUCUCGACCCUGUGCACAUCCCUCAGGGUUACAAGCGACCCCCUGCCAGCCAGACCAAAGUCUGGAAGGUGUUCUCCCCACAGCCGCUGUCCCAGGAGCAGCUGCAGGACAUGUUUGUCUCCUGGGAUUCGGUGUCGGAAACUCGGUGGCUGGCUUACCCUGCUUACCGCCCACCGCACCGCAAGACCCCUCCAUUCAUCCUGCACGACCGGCUGUACUACCUCAACGCUGUGGAGUGGGCGGCAAGCGCCAUGGAGAUGAGCGCCAUCUCCGCCAGGAACGUGGCCCUGCUGGCACACCACCGCUGGCACCAACAGGUCAACAAGAUCGACCAGGAGGACCUGCCGACCCGACUAAGAGGGGAACUUUGAAGAGGGAGAACCAAAAGUAUAACAACACUAUAACAACACUCCUGUCAGGGCAAAUGCCAACUCUCUCUUUCAGGUAUCUGAAGUGCUCUGACCUCUGUAAACUUAAAGGGCCAUUCUGGGUUUAUUGCAACUGGGAUCUUAUUGUUGUGGUUUUGGUCAUUUCACCAUUUCCAUCUUUUACUCACCAAAGUAACCUCUGAGAUCUGCGAACAGUCAAACAGUUAGACAAGCGGUAAGCCAGCAGUUUAACCAGAUUAUUUAGACCAUUUUAUGUGGAAUCCCUCACUGCACAGGAAGAAAUGUGGCAUUUCUAAGGUGAAGAAGUUAGUCGUUACUGUCUUCGCUGUCUCUUUAAAAUAAGAGACUAACCUGCAGCAUUUGUUUAAAACCUGUCUGAUUGUUUGGCUACGCAUAUUUCUUGCGAUGUCUCUGCUUUCUGAGACCUCAGCAGUUAAUUUUGUGAGUACAAAGUUGUUAUUGUAGGGCUGCAUGAAAAAAUUAUAUGAUUGAUUUGCGAUUAGUGGGAAUGAUUUUCACAGAAAACAAUUAAAAUCAUGUUGAUGUGACAUUUGUCAGGGUCUGUACCAAACACACAAUGUUUUUUAACAUCUGGAGAACGAGAUUUGUUGGCCAGGGCAUCUCUGUAAUGCUGUUUUGUCACACAUUUUACCUCUAUCAAAAGUUGCAGCUUCUGCGUGGCCACAUUGCAAUGUUGAUAAUAUUUUUGUAUUAAUUAUGCAGCCCAAUAUUAUUACCAAUAGGAAUAUUGACCAACGCUAAAAACAAACCGCCUAUAUCCUUUUAAUCACACUAACAGUAGCCACAGUUCAUCAUAACCCAGCGACAGUCGCACAAAUCCCACAAAAAGGUGGAUCAACAUUGUACUGUGCUGAAUUUUCACUGUGAAAUAUGCUGCACUAUGGGUAGAAGUGUUUCUCUGUCUACAUGAGUGUCUUGAACAGAUGUAUUUUUUAUGUGAUUUCCUGCUGUUAUGGUAACGGUACAGCUGACAUCCAGGAAAUCAGCUCGUCGGUGUCACAAACCAACCAUCGCUACCCUUCGGCGAAUUCUUGCCGAGCGUUCGCUGAUAUAAAGAUGUCCUUUUUAUUGACGGAUUUAUGUAUCUUCCACUGAUUUCUCAGUUGCUCUACCUCCUCAGCAGACUACUGUAUAUGUUGUUAGUGAAUACAUGCGGCUGUCUGCAAGAUAGUUGUGGUAACAAGACAUUUUCUUUGUAAAUUGGAUGUAAAUGUUUUUUCUUACUAUAUAAUUUUACUGAUAAUAAUAUUAAAUAAAUAUUAAAUAAAACUAUAAUUGGACAGUCUAAUCACACUGACAAAACAGAAUAUAGGUUUUUAAAACUAUGAUUAUGCCUUAAAGAUAUCAGAGUAAUUGGCUUACAUCUUUAUAAAAUUAUAUGUUUCCCUAUAAUUUUAGAAAUCAUUUUUCCUGUGUCAUUUUUUUGCCAUCAGAAUCAGGUCACCAGGACCAAACUUUCUAUAUUUAGUUGUUGCAUAUGGAGGAGAAUCUGUUUUAAAAGUUUUCUGUGCCUGUGAUUUCAUGUCGCUUAAACCCCUUUCGUGUUCUUUAGCCACUUUGGGAAGAAAAUUGUAGUUUGCUAAUUGUUUCUUGAGCACUUUUAGAGUCGUAUUUUUCUAGAUUGAGUAUAUUUCAAGACAUACUGUACUGUGGUUUAAUGGAUAGACAAGUUUCAGUUUUACACUUAAGUCCCUUGCCAAAAAACAACAACCAUGUGGGUAUUUAAACUGGCUUCUUGUGCACAAAUAAAAUGAGGCUUUCCAUUACAAAUCUUUUUGUAAAAACAGUUGAUUUCAGAUUUGAUUUGAUUGAAAACAUUACUGAAAGCUCCCAGAUCAUACUGUAUGUUUUGUGUGUUUACGAUCACAUUAAAGUGAUGAGAACUUG